AUGCUACCCGUCCAGCUUCUUCCUUUUCCUUUUUCCCUAUUUUUCCUGCAGAGAGGUUCCCUUGUGUAUGGCGUGAAGGUAGUCUUCUUUGUGGCCGGUCCAGCCACACAAGGCACUGCAUCCGAGUACCUACCAUGCCUACGUACCUACUUACAGUACAUGCCAACAUCACCAGGCCGCAGCGGGAAAGCCCAGUCGUUCCUCUGCCCCUGUGCUGGGCUCGCAAGAAAGAUUGUGGGGAACCUUUUGCUUCUGGUCUUGCAACGGACCGGUGGCCCCGAUGGUACGACGCCCAUGCCCUUGGUACAAGACGAUUGCGCUCUCAGCAUCGGCGAAGCGUAA